AUGAUAUUUCGCGGUAGUUCUGCUCAUUAUUGUUUUAAUAUACUUUUAAUAACAUUUUCAAACCUAAGAGUUAUUGAUCCAUUAAAAGUAAAUAAUAUUUCAAAAAUCCUUUCAAAAUACCCAGUAUUGGAUGAAAGAAAAUUAUUGACCAAUGAAGUUUUCUUAAAUGACUCAAGCAUCGUUGAUUAUGAAAAAUUAUUCAAUGAGACAACAAUAUUUCCACAAACAAAAAUCAAAAUUAGUUCAUCUGUGUACCCAGUAAAUUAUAAUUUUCUUCUGGAAAAUGAAACGACCACUGUUCCAUCAUCAGCAUUAGGUUAUCAAGCAGAAAAUUCGAACACAGUCUCUGAAAUUAAUAACAUAACUUCCAAUAAUGGUAAAUUCAACGAUUCAGUGAACAGAGAGAUACCUGAACCGCCUCUUUCUAAAUGCGAUGAAGAUUUUGUUGAUAACGAUACAAAUGAUAAUAGUAAUGAAGAAAAUAAUGAUGGAGGCAAUUCGAUUUUCAAGUAUUCUACAGAAUACAAUUUGGUCGUUGGAGAUUUAUUGAUAACGAGUUCAAACGAUUCAUCACUUACCGUAGAAUGGAAGCCUCCGACCAAUUCGAGCGAUUUUGAAUAUUACAUCUUAAAAUGGACUGGAGGAAGUAGCACGAGCAAAUGUUAUACAGCCAAUACAACAACCAAUUAUACAAUCACACAUUUACAAUCUUGUACUAAAUAUGUUGUUAGUGUCUCACCUGCAAAAACUAAUAAUACUGGGCAAGAUAUCACUGUGAUUGGUAUAACUAGAUUGAUAGUUGACAAGGAUCAGCUGAAUUUAAAAAUCACCGGGAACAGUACUGAUUGGUUAGCAAUUAGUUGGUAUAUACCAGGACGUGAUGAUUGUAUAAUAAAAAAUGUGAUAACAUACUGCCAUACAAAUCUAUGCGAGGAAGCUAACGUUACUCAAACUCUUUACAAUGCCACUAAUUUAUUACCGUGCACUACAUAUCAUUUCUCAGUUUCUCUUCAUGGAGAAAAUGGAGAAUUUGGUAGUACUAACAUUUCUGGAGUGACUGGAUUUUUGAAACCAAGUGCACCAUCCUCUGCAUGGUCUUUACCGCAAAAUGAUUCUUUGAUUAUCUUUUGGAGCAAACCAAUUGGGGCAUCUUGUGUGAUCUUGUAUCGAAUAACAAUAUACCAAGAUCACCCAUAUAACAAUGCAUUCAAAGAAAAUACGACCACUGGAUAUCAAAUAAUGUUUAAUAAUCUGCAAUCAUGCAGUGUUUAUAAUGUUAUUAUUGUUCCCAUCGAUCAGUUCGGAAAUGACAGUAGUCCUUAUAUUUUUUAUUCUAACAAAACGUUAGCUCCUAUCCCAGAAGUUCCUCUGUACCUGUCAUCAGAUCCUGGAAAGAAUGAAAUAGCGAUUGCAUGGCAAUUAGAUAUCAAUGAAUUCAACAAUUGUGGAAAUAUGAAAAUUUUGACAGUUUGUAAUUAUAAUAAAGUUCUUGGUUUGGGCUAUAAUGGAACUAACAGUAGUUCCUCCAUAAAUAUUACUGAAGAAUUUAUCCAGAGAAUAAUUACUACCACAAUAAAUUCUCUUUCACCACACACUGAAUAUGAAUGUUUUAGUAUAACUUCUAAUGAUCGUAAGAACAGUAGUAAAAGCGAUCCAGUUUUAUUAAAAACUUCAGAAGACAUAUCUACUUCUCCAGAGUUAUCCGUAUUUAAUAACACAGAUAAAAAAUUUUCAUUCAUUUGGAAACUACCAGUCUAUCUACCAGGCCAUAUAUCAAAAUUUGAAGUUAAUUUUACGUGGUAUUAUAAAUUUCAUCAACCGAUAUGGUGCAGUAAUUUUUCAGGCAAGAGUGAAUACAGUAUUAUUCUCAACGGGAGUACAUCGUCAUUGUCAUAUGAAAAAGCAUAUCCAUUUUCUAGCUACCAAGCGUCAAUUCGAGCAAAAACGCUGGCUGGUUGGGGUAAUUAUAGUGAUAGUGUGUCAUUUGCAACACAUCCUGGUGCACCAGGACCAGUAUCUAAUCUCACCUAUAUUUUCAAAAAAGUCUCUGAUGAUGCUACCAAUCUCGAAGCUUUUCUAUCGUGGGGACUUCCUUGCUUUAUAAAUGCAGUAAAAAUAGAACAUUUCGUAGUUACUGGAAUCGGAACUAGAAACAAUUUUCCAAAUCACGAUUUGAAUGCAACCAUCAUGUCACAAAUAUGUAUUGAUGAUAUGUGCACGGUCAAGUUGCAAUUGAAGGAUGAAUAUACGUACUAUUUUUCUGUAGCUGGAAAGGUUAAAGAUGUUAAAUCUUUAGGAGUUGCAGAAGAAAUCACAUUAUUAUACCCAGCUGGCGUUCCAUCAGAUCCAAAAACUGAGUACCUUGAUCAAAUUACGAUUGAUCCUUACAAAACUCGGAAAACAACGUACUCGGCAACAAUUUUACUACCAUUGUUUCUGAAUACUCAUGGUGAAAUAAGAUGCUAUGCCGUAAUCGUUGCAAAAGCUGGAUUUAACUAUGGAAACUUUUCUAGAAAUGACUUGAAAGCUGGAGAAUGGCCCUCGAUAGCUUCUUGGAUUGAAUCUGCACAAAAAGGAUUCACAAUACCUUAUCAAGCGUCUAAAUUUUGCAAUGACUCGCAUGAGCCACAUGUCGUAGAUUAUGGAAAGUUAAAGGCUAUAAAAUUUCAAAUUGGUGAAGAUAUUGAAACUUGUCCUGAAUUGUCAAAGAUUAAAGUGUCGUAUUGCAAUGGUCCUUUGAACCCUGAUACUUGGUAUGAUGUCAGGAUGAGGGCAUUUACUGAUGGCGGAUAUCGAGAUUCUAGAAUAUUUCAAAUUAAAACAAACGCCGAAUUACAAGUAUCCUUAAUAAUUGGAUCGAUAGUUGGUAUUUUAUCAGUAGGAGUUCUUAUCACUAUAUUUUUACUUGUAAAAAAAUGUUCAGUUCAAACAGUAUUACGGCGAUUAUUAAACUCAAAUAUGCCAGGAUCUCCAGUUCCGGCACCAUUUAACCGACGGAAGUUCAUAAUUCACUGUCAACAACUAGCUGACAAUCCCGGGAAACUCAGUAAUGAAUUUCAAUUAUUGCAAACAUUGAGUUUAGACUUACAAAUGCCAACAAAUGCUGGAUGUCUUCAUGCGAAUAGAAAAAAAAAUCGUUAUGCUGAUAUUCUUCCUUAUGACUUUUCAAGAGUUAAGUUAGAUAUUAUCGAUAAUGAUCCAAAUAGUGAUUAUAUAAAUGCAUCAUUUAUAAAGGGAUUUAGUAAUGAAGAAGAAUACAUAGCAUGUCAAGCGCCGAAAGAAGAAACAACUUAUGAUUUUUGGCGUAUGGUAGAACAAUAUAAUGUGAGAUUGAUUAUAAUGCUAACGUCACUCAUAGAAAAUAACAAGGAAAAAUGUUGCCAAUAUUUUCCGACAAUUCGUGAAACUUUUACAUAUGAAAAAAUGUCGAUAAGAUGUUCGUCUGAAUUUGACUACAGAUCCUACACUCAAAGGACAUUGGUUCUUCAAAAAGACGAAGAAAAAAGAAUAAUAGUCCAUUUACAGUUCAAAGAUUGGCCGGAUCAUGAUGUUCCUGAAGAUUUUGAUGCUAUGAUUAAUUUUUGUCAAAUCAUGAGACGCAAUAUAAAUGCUAGUCGAAAUUUAGUAGUUAUUCAUUGCAGUGCAGGCAUCGGUAGAACCGGAACACUGAUAGCGAUAGAUAUUAUACUUCAGCAUCUGAAAGAUAAUAGAAAGUUAGACGUGUUUGGUACUGUUUAUCGACUGCGACAGCAAAGAAUAAAUAUGGUCCAACGAGAAAGUCAAUAUACUUUUAUUUAUAACUGCAUAAAACAAGUAUUGAAAAAUCCACACUUUUCAAAAAGCUAUAAACCACCGUAUGGAAGUCAAUGUGUGAGACCAUCAUAUGAAGACAAAAGUGAACUGAAGCAUAGUAAUGUUUUGACGAUAAAUCAAAAUGAAAGUAUUGAACUUGAUUCCGAUGCGAGAUAAAUAAUUGUGCACUAUAAUAGUAAUUGUUAAUUGUUCCUAUUUAUAAUCUAUAUCAGUAUAAAAAUGGGUUUGUGUCCAUACAUUAAACUUUUUACCCAAAACAAUUUACUGAUAAAGCUUCACACGAGCGUGAGACGUUUUUGAGAAUUGUUUAGACCUUACCGAGGCUACAUAUGGAAAGACCCAAGAGUCUCGUUAAACGUUUUUUCAUAAUAUUUUUAUUCCC